CAAAAACUCCAAAAAAGUGUCAUAAAGUUUAUUUCAUACAAAACAUGACUAAAAUAAGAUAAAACCAAUAACUAAGCCAGUCAUCAAAAGUAUUCUGGGACGAUUUGAAUUGGUACUUGUUUUCAAACUAAUUGCAUUCGCCAAGCCUUGAUCCAUCUUGUGGUACAUUGAGAUUCCUAUUGACAACCACCAUCCCUUUGUGCCUUUUCCAAGUUUGCCCUUUUUGUUUCUGUUCCACUUCAAGACAAUACUGCAUCCACAUGGUAAUCAAGAGCCUUUUUCCAUCCAGUAAACCAAUUUUCGCAUUUGUUAUCGUUGAUAAUCCUAUCCUGUUGACUUUUUGAAACUAAAAAAAAGAAAAAAAAAAGUUGAAAAAUGAGUACAAAAGAAGAAUGGCAAUAUGGUCUCUCUAUUUUUUUUUUUAAGCAUAUCAUCUACCACACUUGCAAUAAAAAUCCACAAAUUGUCGCCAAUAUUCGGGCUAAUUUUACUUUCGCUUUGUUGUCGUUUCCACAUCAGUGCCGUUGAAUAUUGUUAUCUUUUAUACUAUCGCGAGAGGUUUUACGAUAAAAUAGGACCAGGGAGUACUUGUAUACACGUUCUUGCAGAAACCUCCUUUCCAAUACUAAGUAGCAGCUGGUUCACAUUUCGAUAUUGAAUACUUCCUCUUAAAAAUAGAUCAAAACCGUUGCUUGACAGAUACCUUGAAACCAAGCAAGAAGAAAAGAAAGGUCGUGUCAGCACCAUGAGUAACCUAUAUCGAACCAAGAACAUGAGAUAGCAGCAAGAAUGAAACUGUCUUUUAUUGAAUUAAGAAGUGGCUACCAAUGAACUACAAAGAGAAGAGUUAAUCCCAACGCGUAUGUCAUUCAACCUUGGAAUAAAAAGUUUAUCUUUCUGCAUCUUCCCCCUUUUUUUUUUUUUUUUUUUUUUU